AUGGCUGCUUCUCAUUCUCAUUCCCACUUCCCCAGUGACUCAGGCCAGCAUCGACCUCCUACUCGUCAAUCUGCAUCAAAAGUUUGUCGAGUUUGUAGUGACCAGAUUGGACAUGGGGAAAAUGGGAAGCUGUUUGUGGCUUGUCACGUGUGUAGUUUUCCCGUUUGUCAACCUUGCUAUGAGUUUGAGAGGAGUGAAGGAAACCAGUGCUGCCCUCAGUGCAACACCCGCUAUAAGCGCCACAAAGGUUGUCCUAGAGUUGCUGGUGAUGAUGAUGAGGAGCAUUCUGAUGCAGAUGAUUUUCAUGAUGAUCCAGAUGAGAAUCAUGAUGCCAAUCAUUUGGAAAAUAAAGACUACAAGGAACAGCAGUGGCAUCCGAAAGUUCAAGCUUUAUCUUCAGGGGGAAGUGUGACUGGUAAGGAAUUUGAAGGGGAGAAGGAAUUUUUCAUUAAUGGAGAAUGGGAAGAAAGAUUAGAGCAAUGGAAAACCAGGCAAGAAAAGAGAGGUCUUCUAAACAAAGAGGAAGGCAAAGAUGACCAAGGAGAAGAUGAUUACCUUUUGGCUGAAGCUAGGCAACCGUUGUGGCGUAAGGUUCCAAUAUCUUCAAGUCUAAUCAAUCCAUAUCGCAUAGUCAUAAUCAUGAGGCUCUUUAUCCUCGUUUUCUUCCUCCGAUUCCGUGUCUUAACUCCAGCAUAUGAUGCAUAUCCACUGUGGCUUGCCUCUGUGAUAUGUGAAGUAUGGUUUGCACUGUCAUGGAUACUUGACCAGUUCCCCAAAUGGUUCCCCAUAACUCGUGAAACUUACUUGGAUCGCUUGUCCAUGAGGUUUGAGCGUGAAGGGGAGCCAAACCUUCUAGCCCCAGUUGAUGUCUAUGUGAGUACUGUGGACCCUUUGAAAGAGCCUCCCAUUAUAACAGCAAACACUGUUCUUUCAAUCCUGGCUGUUGAUUACCCGGUUGACAAGGUUUGCUGCUAUGUAUCUGAUGAUGGUGCAUCUAUGCUCCUUUUUGAUGCACUUUCAGAAACUUCUGAGUUUGCACGAAGAUGGGUUCCUUUUUGCAAGAAGUAUAGCAUAGAGCCAAGGGCACCUGAGUUCUAUUUCUCUCAGAAGAUUGAUUACUUGAAAGAUAAGGUGCAUCCUACAUUUGUGAAGGAACGAAGAGCCAUGAAGAGAGAAUAUGAAGAAUUUAAAGUAAAAAUUAACUCCUUAGUGGCAAAAGCUCAGAAGAAACCAGAGGAUGGGUGGGUGAUGCAGGAUGGGACCCCUUGGCCUGGGAACAAUACUCGUGAUCAUCCAGGAAUGAUUCAGGUAUAUUUAGGAAGUGGUGGUGCACUGGACGUAGAAGGCAAGGAACUGCCACAGCUGGUGUAUAUUUCACGUGAAAAGCGUCCAGGCUAUAGCCACCACAAGAAAGCUGGUGCUAUGAAUGCUUUGGUUCGAGUUUCAGCUGUGCUUUCAAAUGCACCUUUCAUGCUGAAUCUGGAUUGUGACCAUUACAUCAACAAUAGCAAGGCUAUAAGAGAGGCUAUGUGCUUUUUAAUGGACCCCCAGAUAGGAAAGAAGCUCUGUUAUGUCCAAUUUCCACAAAGAUUCGAUGGUAUCGAUCGGCAUGAUCGAUAUGCUAAUCGCAAUAUUGUAUUCUUUGAUAUAAAUAUGAAAGCCCUUGACGGGAUUCAGGGUCCAGUUUAUGUUGGAACUGGAUGUGUGUUCAAUAGGCAGGCACUAUAUGGAUAUGAUCCACCAGUGUCAGAGAAAAGACCAAAGAUGACUUGUGACUGCUGGCCUUCAUGGUGUUGUUGUUGUUGUGGUGGUUCGAGGAAAUCCAAGUCAAAGAAGAAAUCUGGAGGAGGAGGGGGUCUAUUUAGUAGAUUAUACACCAAGAAGAAGAAAAUGAUGGGGAAGAACUAUGUUAGGAAAGGGUCUGAAUCCAUGUUUGAUCUUCAAGAGAUUGAAGAAGGGCUUGAAGGCUAUGAUGAGCUAGAGAAAUCAUCCCUGAUGUCCCAAAAGAAGUUUGAGAAGAGAUUUGGGCAGUCACCAGUUUUCAUCGAGUCGACUUUGAUGGAAAAUGGUGGAGUUCCUGAAGGCACCAAUACUCAAUCACGAAUUAAGGAAGCUAUUCAUGUUAUAAGUUGUGGCUAUGAAGAGAAGACUGAAUGGGGAAAAGAGAUUGGAUGGAUAUAUGGGUCAGUGACAGAAGAUAUAUUAACAGGGUUUAAGAUGCAUUGUAGAGGGUGGAAAUCAGUAUACUGCAUGCCAAAAAGAGCAGCUUUCAAAGGAUCUGCCCCAAUAAAUCUAUCAGAUAGGUUACACCAAGUUCUGAGAUGGGCCCUUGGUUCUGUUGAAAUUUUCCUUAGUCGCCAUUGUCCAUUGUGGUAUGGCUAUGGAGGAAAACUGAAAUGGCUGGAGAGGUUGGCUUAUACUAAUACCAUUGUUUAUCCAUUCACUUCCAUCCCUCUACUUGCAUACUGCACAAUUCCAGCAGUUUGUCUUCUCACUGGAAAAUUCAUCAUCCCAACUUUGGGCAACCUUGCUAGUGUAUGGUUCAUGGGUCUAUUCAUCUCCAUCAUUUUAACCGGUGUGCUUGAGCUGAGGUGGAGUGGUGUGAGCCUUGAAGACUGGUGGCGCAAUGAGCAAUUUUGGGUGAUCGGAGGAGUAUCUGCUCAUCUUUUUGCUGUAUUCCAAGGUCUCCUCAAGGUUCUUGGAGGAGUGGACACCAAUUUCACAGUGACAGCGAAAGCAGCAGAUGAUAGUGAAUUUGGAGAGCUUUACCUGUUGAAGUGGACAACACUUCUGAUCCCACCAACCACUCUUAUAAUGAUGAACAUGGUGGGAAUUGUGGCUGGAGUCUCUGAGGCCAUUAACAAUGGGUAUGGUUCAUGGGGUCCUUUGUUUGGGAAGUUAUUCUUUGCCUUCUGGGUUAUUGUCCAUCUCUAUCCUUUCCUCAAAGGUCUCAUGGGAAGGCAAAACAGGACUCCUACUAUUGUUGUCCUUUGGUCAAUUCUUCUGGCAUCAAUUUUCUCUUUGAUUUGGGUUAGGAUUGAUCCUUUCUUGCCAAAACAAACUGGUCCUAUUCUCAAACAAUGUGGAGUGGAAUGCUAAGGUAGUGGAGUUGCACUUGCGUGUACUACUACAAUGGAUAUUUUUUAAGGCACCACUUCUCAUAUUCACCAUGCUCAAUGUUUAGGUAGUAGAUUAAGAGUACUUGAUUCACAGCAGCGAACACAUAAGAAUGUAAGAAA